AGGUUUGGGUAGACCAUGGUUCUACACAAUAUUUUCGGACAAAAAUACAAGUCCCCUGGAAAUGCCUAUGUUGAAGGUGAUGCCUCAAGUGCGAGCUAUUUCUUGGCUGGUGCUGCCAUCACCGGAGGGACUGUGACUGUUGAAGGUUGCGGCACCACCAGUUUGCAGGGUGAUGUGAAAUUCGCUGAGGUACUUGAAAUGAUGGGAGCUAAGGUUACAUGGACUGACACUAGUGUAACUGUUACUGGCCCACCGCGUCAGCCCUUUGGAAGGAAACACUUAAAGGCUGUCGAUGUCAACAUGAACAAAAUGCCUGACGUGGCCAUGACUCUUGCUGUUGUUGCUCUCUUUGCCGAUGGUCCAACUGCUAUCAGAGAUGGUAAACUUUCUAUGGCCUUCCAUACCUCAUUAGUAGAAAAUAGGGCUUUGUUUCAGGCCGGGUCAGCCCAUUAGUCCCGGUUCAGUCCA